GCAUAGGAAACACUCUGAGUUGAAUUGAAUUUCUUUGGCUAGGUUAUUCUACGCUCUUGGCUCAAAUAGUGUUUGAUAUUUGUCAGUGCAUUAAAUUAUUACUGCUGCCCUCUCCGGUCGUUACUUAAUGAGGGUAAUUCGGCCGAGCAGGUACAUGCGUGUUGUCUUUGUGCCUGCUGAAGCCCGUGAAAGAACUCAUUUUUCACGUGCAUUUUUUUUUACAUUUUCAAUCCAACAGAGCACGUCGCGACACGGCUACCGCAUCGAAGGACUCUUCCAUGAAAGGUCAUUUGCACAAGUUGUUUGCGAAAAGAAUUUUCCAUUACGGCUACAUCAACACCAACACCUUCGAGUUCAACAAAGAAGGGAUGGUUGAGUCGCUGCGCAUACUAAAGCGGCUCACGAGUUACUUGGAAGACCGGAAGACCCCUCAGCGCCCGAUCUACACCGUAAUGGCGUCGACAUGGACUCCGUACUAUGAUGAAAUCUCGGCUUCGAACGUGGCAGAGGCGUUCAGGACCGUGCUUAUGCCGGACCUAUUCAUCUCGAAAGCGCACCUAUACGACAGGGACAGCAAUUUUAAGGACUGCAAAAUUUUGCCAGCGAAUUUACUGAAACAACCAAAGAAUCUUCAGAGCAACAACGUUUACUUCUUCAACUUGUUCACUGCACUCAGGCACGCCGGCGACCUGGACAAGAUGCGGAACAAGGGCGUGAAGACGGCGGCGCUGUCCGUUUCCGUGGGUCUGUACGGCCGCUGGUACUACGUGGACACUGACGGAUCGAUGCAGGUGCAGAACUACGCCGCUGGUGACACCUGCCACCAGCAGAUAAUUGAGCACCAGCUCGCUAGCAUCGCCGAGGUGUGCAAUGAUCAGAAGUACGGGGAUGUCCAGAAGAGCGAACUGUUGAACUGCAGGUACGUCGUGGACGACAAGGGGUUCAAGACCUUUGUCUACGACAUACCCGAGACACUACAGUACAAGCUCUGCCUUAGCCGGAAGAACGCAACCACACUGAAGUACGGACUCACGGCGGUGGGACUUGAGUUUUCGGAUGCCGCCGACCACUGUGGAAUGGGAAAGUUUCCAAUGCUGACCACAGUGAAGAAGACACUCAAGUUCUUCGAGGAAAAGUACAAGUCCCCGGACGCCUACCAGGACUGCCUGUCAGCGUAGCGCGCUGCUGUUAUUGGCACCGGAAUACAAGAUGUGUUACACGUGUCUGUUACGUUACUGAUGUUGAGAAAAGAGCAAGAUUAUUUAACUUCUUAGUCGCUGCUAUUUCUGCAUUUUUCGCGAAUUGUUGGGUGGGAAGAUAUUAGUGUGGCCGAUCCUACA